GUGCAGGACAACAGGAUCGAGACCUUGGGAGCCCCGGUAGUUGCCCAGCAGGCCUCUCUCCAUGGAGCCUCCCUGUUGCAGUCGACCGUUGAGAAUGGGUACUUGCCAUUGUUGUCUGUCUGAUCAAGUUGCAUCUCUCUGCUGUAAUGCAACAUGGACUUUGGGAUCCCGAAUCCCCAAAUCCUCCAGAUCCAAGCGUUGGACGACCCGGGGAGCGGCAGACUGUACGACAGCUGCUCCAGUAGCGCCAAGGGAGCCCCAAACGAUAGUUCUCACGCCAAAAAGCUUCCCAAUCCUACAUCACAAUCCGAAAGGCAUUCUUCGCAGCGGCCUCAUUGGACGCCCUGUGUCACGUCAUACCCUCCGCCGUCGGUUGCAGGACCACGUCGUCAUGAAUGCAUAUCAAUGUACAAGUUGGAAUGCUGCAAGUGUUUCGAUGGCAAUUGGGGAAACUCCACACCAAAUGGCCCCAUCGUGCAUAACAUCGCAAUCACCCUCCGUGAUCAUAACGUUGGCAAAUCCACUUCAUCAUUCGGACUCAGUUGCAGACUUGAAGUCCGAAAGACGAAUCCUCACAACCCUCGCACACAAUCAACUUGACUUUUUACCUUGCAAGGAGCCAGGCUGUAAGCAAGCUGGGCAUGGUCUGGAAACAUAGAAGGGUCCAGACAAUCCAAGCAACCAUGUCGAAAUUUCCUUUGCCAAAAUUCCAUCCCCUGCAGCGUCUAUUCUGGCCAAUGGACGCCGGUGCCGCGCCGUAGGAUAAACAAGCUUCGGAAAUUGGCUAGAUUGGGUUCGCAGCAUCUUACUCAAUCCCGGUGCGACCGCGGACACGCCCUUUGAAUUU